AUGGUAAAGAGAGGUGGCAUUCCUUGGCAGUCCAAAGGCUGCUGGACUUGCAAAAAACGCAGAAUCAAGGUUGGGGCAAACAAAGGGUACCUCGGUAAUCAGUGUGACCAAGGGAAACCAGAAUGUAAUCGUUGUAUCAAACGUGGGAUCCAGUGCCUUGGAUACGAAAAACACGGUAUCUUUGUCCAUUAUGCUGCUGCUACUGGACUAGAUGGGAACCCAGAAUCAAGCGGGCAGGUUGAGCGCAUUCCUCGUGCACAGUACUUUUCAUCUAUAAAUACCGUGGCUAGCGGACCAAUGUUGCGCCAGCAGUUCAUUUCGGAGUAUUUACAUGGCUACUUCCCUACAAAAAUGGCUGUAUCGGAUGUCGAUAUGUGGCAUUAUCUUUUGCAGGGAUUUGCGGGGCUCCCGAAUAAAACCGAAAUGCUGGACAUGACUCUUUCGGCAAUCACCUGUCUUUAUAUGGGUAAAGCUCGCAAAGAUGAUCGCAUGUCCAAACAUGGGCUCCAGCUUUACAAUGGCGCGAUACGACACCUAUCGAACAUGAUCUCACGAGAUGUUUUCAGUGAGGAUAUCGUGUAUACCGCGGUCCUUUUCCAAGAAAUAGAGAGUUCUUAUUGCCCCAAUGGCCUUGGGUCGUGGCUAGCACAUAUUAAUGGCUUGAACACAAUUAUGAAGCAUUAUCGUCAAAGAACGGUUCACAAUCCCCUCAUCGGACCUAUAUAUCAAAGAUAUCAAAAGUUGCGAAUGAUACAAUCAUCAUCUGCGAGGGGCCUGCUUCCGGACGAAUACAAAUUCCUGACAGAAACUACCGACGGGACUCCCUUUUGCGACUUACUGGGAAUCUUUGCAGAACUAUCCCCUAUUGUGACAAAGCUGCAGUCUAUCGACCCGUCCGACUAUGAUGCGUGUCAAGAUCUGUUACAGCACUGUCUGCGAACGAAGAAACGCUUUGCCUCCUGGUAUGUGGAUCAUCGUUUGGCAGAUGGAAUUACCAAAGAUCCUCCUGGCGAAUUUCUCAGUUCAGACACACCUGACGCUGAAAAUUUAUUCGGAACCCCGUUAAGCUUCCGAAAUUUCGACUACAUCUUGUUGCAUCUUCAUUACUGGGCAGGGCCGUGUCUCCUCUACCCAUCGAUAUUCCAUGCCAGAAAACUCGUCUACGCACAUCCCAAAAGCAAUAUCCCUGACGAUAUCCUCAACAAAGCUCUUGAUCCGCUACAGAAUGAGGAAUAUUUGGAAGCGAGCCAGUGUGCGGAUGAGAUAUGUCGUACCAUGCGAUACUGCACUCGGGAUAAUAUGAAGCUUGCAGGGUACCACAUGACCAUGUUCCCCUUGUGCGCGGCUUCUCAGAUCUAUACCAACUUCGAAAACCUGGAGAAGUUUUCUUGGUGCAUUAAGAUCGUGGAGAGCGCUGCUGCUCGGGGCCAUGAGACUGCCCAUUACAUAGUAGAUAUCUCCUGGCAUACUUGGCGCGUCAAAAACCAGUGCGGGCCAAUGACUUCUGUGGCACUUCGAGAAAUCGUCCCGGAAAGAGUAUCAGGGAAGCGUCCUGAAAAGACAUUAGAUGUGACUGGGGAAGCAUAG